GACUUUGAUUCUGAAAUACGAUAGUAAUUAACCAAUUAAUUUUUCUUGGUAUUCCUACCAGAAAAUUCAGAUGCAGCAGUUCAUAUUCAUCGGAGCGUCACCAUUUAAUUGAUCUGAUGAUUACUGGAUAUACUCAUGAACACAUCUCCAGACCACCAACCCUCAUGGCUGCAACACACAUCACUGGAAGAUGCGCAAUCAGCAAAGCUCCUCUCUGUGCAUAUCGCCCUUCUAAAAUGGCAGUCCAGCAUGUAUCAAGAAGGUCUGCGAUUCUCAUCUCAGUCCUGCCUCUAAGCCUCAGUUUGAUGAUACCGCAACCUUCGCCCGCCAGAGAGAGGCGAAACAGGAAGAUGAUUCCUCUUGAGGACUACCAGACCAGCUUUGAUGGGCUGAAGUAUUAUGAUCUCAUCGAAGGGACUGGACCAGUGGCUAAAAAUGGUGCAAAAGUGCAGGUUCAUUUUGACUGUGUAUAUCGUGGAAUAACUGCAGUUUCAAGCCGAGAGUCAAAGUUAUUGGCUGGGAAUCGAAUUAUUGCACAGCCAUAUGAGUUCCAAGUUGGAGCACCACCAGGGAAAGAGCGGAAGCGUGACUUUGUUGACAAUCCAAAUGGUUUAUUUUCUGCUCAAGCUGCUCCAAAACCUCCUAAAGCAAUGUACAAACUAACUGAAGGAAUGAAAGUUGGAGGGAAGAGGACUGUGAUAGUUCCUCCUGAGGAAGGAUAUGGUCCAAAAGGCAUGAAUGAGAUUCCAGUAAGAAUUUGAAAUCCAUUGCUGCAUAUGUUGUCAGAAGAUUUGUCAUCAACAUGAAAAGUUACUUUGGGCAUUCGGUCAAGAAAUAGAGCUUUUCAUUGCAUGUUACAUGGUUCCUUUAGAUGCCAGGAGAAUCAUUCCAGCUGAAUAUUGAAUUGUUGCUAGUAGUAGCACCACAAACAAAGCAAUAGCUGCCGGCUGGGAUUUGUUGUCUGUUUUUUUUUUUGGGAAAAGAUGAAAUCCUGAUAGUGGCUUGAGAUUACAAUUUACGAGGCUUGUCUUUUUAAGUUGUAUAGAUCAGAUCCCUUCUGUGUGGCGACUUUUUCUUACCUAAUUGUCUCAAUGCACCUCUGGAAUCUGUUUACAUUUUAUAUAAAUUUCCAAUCCAUUUUUCUUGUUUAA